UAAUUCUAUUUGUUUUGUCAAAUGGAAAACUGGGGCUUCCAGAGCACUCUUUGGUUCUUGCUUUCUUUGAAAUGUUGUGAAAAUAAAGCAAGUUCAUUUUAUCAAGGCAGAUUUGUAAAGCAAAAGCAAAAAAGUAGAUACUCUAACAAGAGACGACAUUAAAUAAAGUGGCAGCAGUUUUCUGAUGCAGAAGUUGCCAUUGUGAGGAAGGCGAAAACAUGAAGAAUCUGGCGAGUGCGAGCAGCAAUGGGAGGCUGUUAACAGACGAGAAUGAAGAGGAGAAAUCUAGAUUGGUUAUAUCUUCUCUUCAAGCUAGAGAAGAAGAGAUUCAAAGGAAGAAAAUGGAGGUAAGGGAAAAGGUUGAACUUCAACUCGGCCGCGCUGAAGAAGAAUCAAGACGGUUGGCACAAAUUUGGGAAGAAUUGGAGGGGCUGGCGGAUCCUCUGAGAAAAGAAGUUGCAAUUGUGAGGAAGAAGAUUGAUAUUGCUAACAAAGAGCUAAAACUUUUGGGACAGAGCUGCCAGAAGAAGGAGAAGGAAUACAAAGAAGCCAUGGAAGGCUUCAAUGAAAAGAAUAAAGAAAAAACUGAGCUGGUUGCAGCACUAAUGGAGAUGAUGACAGAAAGUGAGAGACUGAGAAUGAAGAAACUGGAGGACCUCAGCAAGAACAUAGAAUCUAUAAAUUAAGAUGGCUUUCUUUCAGCUAAAGAUUAUGCUUGUGUUGUGUGUAUGUACUUACAAUGAAUUUACACAUUGUCUGUUGAUGAACA